UCAAGACCACAUAUACUUGAAAAAAAAAAACUUUGUGGAAGAACGUUCACUAGCCUAGAACUGUCCCGUGUGAAUUAAACUAGUUUCGGUUCACGUGAAUCUCUGCGUCAACUGAAGGAGACAAGAUGGGUGAUAUGUUUCCACCACGUUUGAAGAAGUUUUGGGACAAAUGGAACAUUCGUGGAGUCAUAAUGCUCAGUCUAUUCCUCCAAACAAUCCUUAUCUUCUUUGCACCGAGCCGAAAACGCACAGCAAAGAAGCUCUUCCUCGUGCUCAUAUGGUCAGCUUAUCUUCUUGCUGAUUGGGCGGCCGAUUACGCAGUGGGACAAAUCUCAGACAGUCAAGAAGAAGCUGCUGACAAACGUGACAAGACCCGUGAGCUGUUAGCUUUUUGGUCACCUUUCCUUCUCUUGCACCUUGGAGGUCCAGACACCAUUACAGCACUUGCCCUGGAGGAUAAUGAGCUUUGGAACAGACACUUGUUCAGCCUUGUCUGCCAAGCGGUCGCUACAGUCUACGUGAUAUUGUUGUCCACACCGAACAGGCUUCUGAUUCCGACGGUUAUCAUGCUUUUCGGCGGAGUGAUCAAGUAUGUCGAGAGAACAUCAGCCUUGUUCUCAGCGAGUCUUGACAAGUUCAAGGACUCUAUGCUCGAGGAUCCUGAUCCUGGUGCUAACUACGCGAAGCUCAUGGAGGAAUAUGCUAAUAAAAGGGAUAUGAAUAUGCCAACCGAGGUCAUUGUCGUGGAGGAUCCAGAGAAAGGGCGUGAAGGCAAUACACCCGCUAGACCCAUCGCUGAUCUCACCAACCUUCAAGUCGUUCAGUAUGCUUUCAAGUACUUUAAAAUCUUCAAAGGUCUUAUUGUUGAUCUUAUCUUCACUAACAAGCAACGCGACGAGAGCAGGAAGUUCUUCGACUCUCUGAAGGCAGUAGAUGCUCUAAAAAUCAUCGAAGUCGAGCUCAGCCUCAUCUACGAAAGCCUCUUCACAAAAGCAGAGAUUCUUCAUAACAGGACCGGAGCUGUGUUCCGGGUUAUAGCUCUAGCGUGCCUUGUCUCCUCCCUCUGUCUCUUCAGUCUUAAAAACGAAGCUCAGUACGAAGGAUUCGAUGUUGCUCUUACUUACGCGCUGCUCAUAUGUGGAAUAGCUCUUGAUUCCAUCGCUCUUCUCAUGUUCUGUGUCUCUGACUGGAGCAUCGCUAGACUGAGGAAUCUCAAGGAAGACCUGGACGAGAAAGACCCUUGGGCUUGGGUAGACACAGUUCUCAACUGGAUCCUCGGUUUCAGGACGCUGAGGUGGAAAAGAUCCAUAUGUUUCAUGGAUGGACAUGAAGUUCUCGACAGGAACUUUAUGUUUCGCAGAUGGUCUGAGUAUGUUCAUGCUUACAACUUGAUUGGUUACUGCUUGAAGAUACGUCCCAAGAGAAUCCAUCCUACCAAGGGUAUGAUACACAGUUUCAUUCAAUCUUCCGGAACUCGCCAGUUUUGUAAUUAUUGGAUUCACCGUACUUUAAGCAACUUGAGCAAGUGUAACUGCAUCCUCCUUCCAUUAAGCAACUUGAGCAAGUGUAACUGCAUCCUCCUUCCAGUGUCUUUACUUCGUCACCAGCUUGCACGUUUGAUCACCAAAGUCCUAGAUUUUUUCGGUCUUACCGAGUUGGUUGAGGAGAUAAGAUUCACAACCAGUGAUCGACUCACGAGAGAGCUGUGGGAGUUCAUAUUCAAUCAGGUGCAACACAAACAUCGUUUUGCUGAAGAUACAGAGAGUGCCAAGAGUAUAUCUUCAGCUAGAGGAGACUGGACUUUAGUUGAAACAUCAAGCAAAACGACAGAAGGAGGACCAGACCAUGCGAAGCUUCUGAAAUAUGUGACUGAAAAGGAUUAUGAUCAGAGCAUCCUCAUGUGGCACAUCGCUACAGAACUCUUGUACCAACGCCCCGAAGAAGAAGAAGUCACAAACAAGGCAGAAUACACUAACCGAGAGUUCAGCAAAAUCCUUUCUGACUACAUGAUGUACCUCCUUAUCAUGCAGCCUGCACUCAUGUCAUCUGUGUCCGGAAUCGCAAAGAUACGUUUCCUUGACACAUGCGCAGAGGCAAACGAGUUUUUCGAGAGGAGGCAUAUCAAUAAAAUAAGGCAUAAGAAAGAGAACCUGGUGAAAGAAGCUAGCCGAGCUAUUCUCUCUGUCAAAACAUUUGUUGAGCCUAUGGAUGUGAAAGGAGACCGAAGCAAAUCUGUGCUGUUUGAUGGAAGCGUGCUUGCACAGGAGCUGAUGAAGUUACAAAACGGAAGAGAGAGCAUGUGGGAGGUAGUGAGCAAAGUGUGGGUUGAGUUGCUUUGCUUUGCAGCAACUCAUUGUGACUCUCAAGAACAUGCCUCUCAGCUCAGCAAAGGUGGUGAGCUUAUUAACUUCGUCUGGUUGUUAAUGGCUCAUUUUGGACUCGGAGACCAGUUCCAAAUCAACAGGGAUGAUGCUAGAGCCAAACUGAUCGUGGCCAAGUGAUUAGUCCAAAAAAGAAACUACACAAAAAUCAUCAAUAAACUAGUUUCUUUGUGUGUGCGUGUGUGUUUUUUUUUUAAUUUUCACUUCCUUGAAUAAUCUGCACUUGUAGUGUAGUCAACUUAUUCGAUGUUUAUUGAAUAUGAAAAUCAUCUCUUUUGUUAGUUUAUUAUUACCAUUGAUAAUGAACUUGCCAUU